ACUAUGCUUAUGCUGGUAUGCAAAGUUGGUUUCCCAUAUUUGCCCAAGUCUCCAAUCUGUGGCAGUCGAUAGACGUAGCCAGGUUAAGACAACAUCUAAGGUUUUUAUUUAUGUUUGCUUUUCGUGCCUUUUGAAAUUGAUUUCUGACUCCUGGCUAAUACACCGAGAAGGAGCCAGCCAACCAGAGCCGUAAACUGUCACAAAGACAGCUUACUUGGAAGUAAACGGUUUGGGGAGAUUUUUGCGUCGGAGACAAUCGCUGCAUUCCUCGGGCUGGUAGAUGAUAUCGUGAGCAGCUGACGUCCCUUUGCACCCCUUGAACAGCUUCUCACACCACCGGAUCUGAAAGUAGCCGACAUGGCCACAAGACCACUGUUUAUCCACUUGAACACACAUUUUCCUCCGUAAAUCCGGCUCCGUCCCGGCGAUGUGGCCGUCCACCCCGGGCCGGAGCGAUAUGGCCUCAGCUCCGGGUUUACCCAGCAGUAGUGGGGAGAUGUUGAGCUUCGGCACUAGUAGUAAUCAAGCGGUUCCUCGUAUAUACGCUAGGGCGGCGGUCGGGAAUAAUCAUGGAAUUGAGUUUCUUCUUUUGGUUGUCCUUUGUUUUCUCUUCACGUGGCCUCUUCUCCUCUCGACAUGCCGAAGCUUGGAAUCCGUCUUCUCUCGCCGCAAAAUGCUCUCGUGAUCGUGGCGUUCAUGGUUUGAUAGGGCUUGGCUGCGGCUUCAUACAAUGGCUUAGGGGGUUAUG